GUCACAUAUGACCUGGCAUAGUCACGAACUAUAGCAGAAUUGGAAAUUGUAGCAAAGUCAGAAGCUAUAGAAGUUGAACUAUCAUAAUCACUAAGUCACAACAAGCCAUUGCAGAUGUGGGAGCACAAUAAAGUGAUAAACUCGUAUGAGUAUAGUCAAAAGUAAAGAUAUAGCAGAAUAGGACCAAGCUUUCCCCGGAAGCUUUCUUAGCCACAGGGUAAAGAAAGAAGUGGAUAUCUCAUAUACAGACACUAAAAUAAGGGAAGAAUGGGGUGUGGACCAAGCAGCUCCGAGAAGUAUAUUCAUUAUGGAACUACUCCCGAUGAAAUCAAGAUGCAGAAAAAGAUCAACAGAGAGAUUGAGAUAUCGCUAAAAGAACAGAAGAAGAAGGACGAGAAAACUCUCAAAUUGCUGCUCUUAGGUAUUGGCGAAUCUGGAAAAAGUACAAUCACAAAACAAAUGAAAAUCAUUCACAUCAAUGGCUUUAAUGAACAAGAGAGGUUGUCUCAUAUAUCUGCCAUACGGAAGAAUCUCAAAGACUCAAUUCUAACGAUAGUUGGUGCGAUGGAAGAGCUAGGAAUUCAACUGACUGAUAUGAACAACGCUAAGAGCAAAGAGUUUACAAUGGCAUAUGCAGACAAUAGAGGUACUGAUGAUCCCCCUCAGAUUGUGGAGGUACUUUAUUACAAUACAUCUGCGAUGGAAGAGCUAGGAAUUCAACUGGCUGAUAUGAACAUCGCUAAGAGCAAAGAGUUUAUAAUGGCAUAUGCAGACAAUAGAGGUACUGAUGAUCCCCCUCAGGAGUUUUACGAUCAUUCGCUAAAAUUGUGGACUGAUUCAGGAACACAAGAAGCUUACUGUAGAUCAAGCGAAUAUCAACUCAUAGAUAGUGCCAAAUAUUUCCUCGACCAAAUUGAAACGAUUAGGAGAGAAGAUUACAUUCCAACUGACCAGGAUAUUUUAAGAUGUCGUGUAAUUACAACUGGAAUCAGCAAAAUAGAUUUUACAUUAAAAGACGCUGCACACGAUGUCAACUUUAGUGUAUAUGACGUUGGUGGCCAGCAAGGUGAACGGAGAAAGUGGAUCCAGGUUUUUGAAAGUUGCACUGCUGUCCUAUUUGUGGCGGACAUGAGCAGCUUUGACCUACAGCUUAGAGAAGACUCUACAAGGAAUAGGCUUAUUGAAUCUUUAGACACUUUCAAACAAACUUGGAAUAACAGGUUUUUAAAAAACGUCUCAAUUAUACUUUUUCUGAACAAGAUGGACAUUUUAGAAGAAAAGGUUAAUUCCGGAACAAGUUUACAGACCCUAGCUGAUAAGAUCUCAGAAGAUUCACCAUAUUAUGCUCAUCUCCAGAAUUUCAAAAGUUACACACCUUCAGAUGACGAAGUUAGGGAGUUCGUUGAUGCACAACCGGCAAACAUCGACACAUCCGGUCCCAAAAGUAACGACAAUACAACGAGGCCAAGGUCAAGGUCACGGGGAUCUUCAAUAUCCCGCAAGGCUGAUAUUAAUCUCCUCAACAAAACAAUCCCAAAUCCAGAAGUGAUAAAAACUGCUGCAUUUAUCAAAAAUAUGUACAUGGCUAUCGUGCACGAUGAGAGGCGGAUGUCUGUGCACGACAGAGCAUCAUCAUACAAACAUGGCUUGAUAAAAUAUUUGUAUUGGGCUAGGAAGAUGUGCAUGGACUCCAAUUUUAUAUUCCGUCUGACUAAAGUCACUACUUGAGCCUGGCUACACGAUUUUCUACAAUAACUGCCGACAAGAGAAAAUGUUCACUAAAAUAAAACAUUAUACAUACCCAAAGCCUUGCUCCAGAUGGACCUUCUGAAAAUGUGACCAAGCGGACCAAUCCUUAUUUUUUACAUUGAAUCAUAGAAGCGGCUAUUCUCUAUGGAGUAGAACUUUAAAAGUUUUUUUAAAGGAAAAACUUAAUUAAAUAGCACAAGUAACAAUUAAUCCAAUUCAAAAUUGUGGUUAACAUUACGUAGGCACCUAAUUUAAUUAUGUUUCGUUCCAAAGCAACUAAAGGAAAUAAUACAGAGACGCACCAAACCAAGCUUGAAGAAAGACAGUAACGCAAUAAUUGAGAGAGAUUUCUGGGCAGUGCAUAGUUUUGCCCGGUGUGUUCAGAAAGUAGUCUCACUGGCUUUUGAAAUAAGUCAAAAUAAAACAGUGCACCAUCAGUCAACCAUUUGAAAAUGCAGUAAUCAGAACAGACAAUAAGCUUACUAUUUGAUGGAUUCAUGAUUGAACUUAGUAUGGAUGUACAUUGUCCUGUGGUUGAAAUAAUGAUAGUUAUCUGAAAUAAAAAUGUA